UUUGUCAUUCUGGUCCGGUGUGUGUCACUCAUACUCAUGAGGUUUCAUAAUUAAUGACCUCCUCAUGAACUUGGCUAUAAAUAUACCACACCUAUUUUUCUCUUUAAACACCACCAACUCUCUCUCGUAGCCCCAACCCAACCCAACCCAAAGAUUACUUACACUCUCCUCCUCCAUGGCCAAGAAGAUGAUGUUGAAGGUUGUAAUUCUCGUUUCUCUUCUCAUUCUCCGACUCGCUGAUUCUCAAGAAACGGUGACCGCACCUCCUGUUGAAAGCCCUCAUCGUCCUCCAAAAAUAGAGUGUGAUGGAGAAUGUAAUCGAAGGUGCGAAUUAUCGUCAAGGCCGAAUUUAUGCAAGAGGGCAUGCGGGACGUGCUGCGAGAGAUGCAAUUGCGUUCCACCAGGCACUUCUGGUCACUAUGAAACCUGCCCUUGUUACGCCAAUAUGACCACCCACAGGGGCCUACACAAAUGCCCUUAAUUAAAUCUUAAGACACCCACAGGGGCCAGCAAGCAACACACAUUUCUUGUUCUUGAUAUAUGUUUAUGUUUUGGAUCAUGGUGAUUUAUAAAAUAAUAUAAGCUUGAUUCUAGUUGGAUCAACAAGAAGUAGAUUUUAUUUUAUUUUAGUAAAUUUAUUUAUCUGAGUUAUGAAAAGUCCAGUAACAGUAUUGGGCUUUCUUAAUGCAAGGCCCACGGGCCCAUUCCUAGGAUAA